GACCUCCGAUUCCGAUUCCACAUCCAUAACCAACUUGGGGACCCGUACUCCCUGCCGAACUCAUGUACUACGCUGUCGAUUACUACGCGGAUAUGGGCCAAAUCUCUCAAGAUUGUUUCGCUGCAACGAAAACGGGAACAUUCGAGCUAGACAUGGAUGAACUGGAUGAUUUGGAUCAGGUCACCCAAGUGAUUGGCUACCAUCCCCAGUUCCACGAUCACUUUCUGCGCACCCAGAAUUUUAUAAUGAAAGGAGACGGACCGCUGCCUAAUGACUACAGAUACUAUUUGGCCAUAAUUGCCGCUGCCCGGCAUCAGUGUCCGUAUCUGGUGAAGCGGUACGAGAAGGAGUUCAUCAACCAGGGAGGAGAUAGCGCCUGGCUGGACGGCCUGGACUUUAUACCCGCCAAACUACGUGCCAUAUACGAUAUCAAUAAAAUAUUAGCCCAUCGUCCCUGGCUGCUGCGCAAGGAGCACAUCGAGCGGCUCACAAAGGGGAAGAACAGCUGGUCGCUGUCGGAGGUGGUGCACGCCAUGGUCCUGCUCUCGCAUUUCCACUCGUUAUCCUCCUUUGUGUUCUCCUGCGGCCUCACCCAAAAACUGGACGGGUUGUCUAGUCCCAAAUUGAAGAGUCCGCCGGCAGUGGUGGCAUCCCCCACCACCACCAACACACCGUUGGACCCGCAGAAAACAGUGCUGUCGGAGAUCUCGCUCAACAAUGCAAAGCCGGAUUACAAUAGCCAAACCGCAGCGAACAACAAUGGAGGAGCAGAACCCGGUUCUGGAAAUGCGACCAGAGGUGCAUCCGAUGCAGCGGCCCUCAACGGAUAUUUGGCCACGGCCCAGCAACCGCCGCAGCAGCACGGAAUCAGCGUGGAGGCGCUGAUGGAACGCAUGAAGGUCCUGUCCCAGAAACAGGACGAGUGCAGCGAGGCCGAGCUGAGUAGCCGCUUCCAGAAGGUGGAGCAGCAGACUGCCGAGUUGGCCGCCGUGACUCCGGAGGCGGCAGUUGCCGUGCCAACAAACCUAUCGCACUACGUGGACGAUGCCAAUUUCAUUUACCAGGACUUUGCCCGCCGCGGCACUGAAAACAUCAACACGUUUCGCAUACAGGAUUACUCCUGGGAAGAUCAUGGCUACUCUCUGGUCGAUAGGCUGUACAACGAUGUGGGCACUUUUUUGGAUGCCAAGUUUCGGGCCGCCUACAAUCUAACCUAUUGCACCAUGGGUGGCAUUAAAAAUGUGGACACUUCCAAGUUUCGUCGGGCCAUUUGGAAUUAUAUCCAGUGCAUCUAUGGCAUACGUCACGAUGACUACGAUUAUGGUGAAGUGAAUCAGCUCCUCGUGCGCCCAUUGAAAAUGUUUAUUAAGACAGCCUGUUGCUUUCCCGAGCGUAUUACAACCAAGGAUUAUGAUAGUGUGCUGGUCGAGCUGCAGGACAGUGAAAAGGUUCAUGUGAAUCUAAUGAUAAUGGAAGCCCGUAAUCAGGCCGAGUUACUCUAUGCUCUGCGCGAGAUAAUGCGCUAUAUGACUUGAUCUCAUUAAGUGAAUAAACAUACCUAUAUAUUACACACCCACAUAAAAAACCCAACAAAAACCACUCACCCACACCCACACACACACAUUACACAUAAAUGCAUAAAACAUUUUGUUAUUUUGAGAGCGCAUCAAAAAUUCAGCGAAAGGAACGGAAACGGAAACAGGAGGAUUUGAAAAGGCAGGAAGGACACACAAAAACCCCGAGAUUAAUAGAAUUUGUGCAAUGAGAGAAAUAAAUAUUUGCUUUUCGAUGUCAAUACAUGUGCUAAGCUGCAAUUAAUAGCCAUUCAAUUUUAGUGUCCAUUAAAUUAAUGUGAAACAUUUACUACUCAAUUAACAAUAGUCUGUGUCUAUGGUUAGCCAACACGCAAUUUAAUCACUUAAAUGAACACAAUGCAAAAAUGAAAAACAUAAUUGUUAAAUUAAGCUGAACUCAAAAACAAAACUUUCUGUCUGUUUCCUUUUCGUGAAUGUGCAAGCAAUAAUCACUGUACAUAUGUAUUAUGUUUUGUUUAAUUAUUUUAGCGAAAUAAAUAAAAUUUUUAUUUUAAUUAA